AUGAAAAAUCGAGCUUAUCAUAAAGGUAUAAAUAGGUCACCUUACGAAGCACUUUUUGGUUGUAAAAUGAAAGUUGGUUUAGAUACAUCAUUUCUACCACCAUAUAUUUUAAAAGAUUUAGAUGAUGAAGAGAGCUUUCUUAAGUUGGUAGAUCACAAUUCCAUUGGCCCAACUAAUCAAGAUGAGGAAAAUAAUAUUACCAAAGACGAAGAUAAUAGCACGUCGAUCGACGAAGAUAAUAUCACGUCGAUCGACGAAGAUAUUUGUACAGUUGAUAAUAAUAUAAAUACGGGAAAUUCUAAGGACGACGAAAAUAUUGCUACCAAUAGUAGGUAG